GUUCAGUGAGCAUCUCUGCAACCAGAGUACGCGCGCGCUGUAUCGAUUUGGCUUCGUUUUACAAAGUGUAAACAGAAGAUUUGAGAGUCGACACGAGCAAAGAAAGACUUCAUUGUUACAACAAUGUCUGGACCAAGGAAUAUCCAAGACCCAUUAUUCCCUGAGAUACGCAAGACCUAUGGUAUCACCGGUCCCAUCAGCGAGGAUCUGCCGGAAGAGGGGGACUUGAUCCAGAGCAGAAAACUGAGUGAAAGUCUCAGAGCAUAUGAUAUAUUUGAGGACGACUUGCAGCUGCGACACAGAGAGAACGUUGUCAAGCGGCUGGAGUCAGUCUACAAAGACUGGCUUAAAGAAAUGUGUAAAGAAAUGAACUUACCUGAGGUUGUUACUGACAAUGUUGGAGGUAAGAUCUCUCCAUUUGGCUCCUUUCACCUGGGAUCUCACACCAAAGGUGCUGAUAUUGAUGCCCUUUGUGUCGGACCUGGAUUUCUGGAGAGAAAAGACUUCUUCACUUCCUUCUACGAGAAGCUGAAAGCCCAGAAGGAGGUCACAGACAUACAGGCCGUCGAAGAGGCGUUUGUCCCUGUCAUCAAGCUGUGCUAUGACGGGACUGAGGUGGACUUAGUCUUUGCCCGGCUGCUGCAGAGGUCCAUUCCAGAAGAUCUCAAGCUCUGCAACGACGAGCUCUUGAAGAACCUGGAUAAACUCUGCGUCAGGAGUCUCAGUGGAUACAGAGUGACAGAGGAGAUCCUCAGCCUUGUGCCUAAUGUUUAUAACUUCAGGCUGGCUUUGAGAACCAUCAAGCUGUGGGCCAAACGUCGUAACAUUUACUCCAACAAGCUGGGCUUCCUGGGCGGUGUAUCGUGGGCCAUACUGGUCGCCAGGGUUUGUCAGCUAUUUCCAAAUGCCACAGCUUCCACCCUGGUGACCAAGUUUUUCAAGAUCUACUCAAUGUGGGUGUGGUCCGUCCCAGUUUGCCUGAGGGAGGUGAAAGACUGCCGCUACAACCUUCCUUUCUGGGACCCCAGGGUGAAUCCAAGUGACCGCUGCCACAUCAUGCCCAUCAUUACCCCGGCAUACCCACAGCAGAACACGUCCUACAACGUGUCUCCCUCCACCUUCACAAUCAUAACGGAGGAGAUCAAACGGGGCCACGCCAUCGCUCAGGAGAUCCAGCAGGGAAAAGCCACCUGGUCCAAGCUCUUUGAGACUCCAGAGUUUUUUGAGAAAUACCAGUAUGUACUGAGCUGCCUAAGGAUCAAAAUAAGGACUCACAUGCUCGCUGCUUUCUAAAAUAUGUUCUUAUGAACAGUUCUUCCAACAUUGUUUCUCAUUGUUUAUCAUUUAGAUAUUUUUAAUAUAUACCUUCUAUACUUCUUUCUGAUAAACCUGGAAGACCCAUGUAGCUGUGCCUUCAGAGGAGCCAGAGCUUUAUAGUUGAUGGUUCUUCUUAUUUUUUUAAUGAAGAUAUUUCUGUACAUAGUGAAAAAAGAAAAUGUCUGUACUCUGGUUUGUUUCAAAUGAUUUUGUGUUGUGUUCUGUAUCAUAUGUUUUAUUCUGAACUGUGUCGACUUAAAUGAACGUGUGUUUGCACAUUGUGCUUUUUAGGGUGUGACAUUGUAUUGAAGUUUAUUUUGUGAUUUGUUUCCUCACAGUAAGCUGCUCAGGGCAGGUUCACUGAGUGUUACACAAUGAAACUGAUAUGUUGUUGUUGUUGUUUUGAAUGAAUGUGCUGACAGGUUUUUGCUGUUUGCUGUUAUUCAUUCAAAGUGUUGACUGAGCUCUGUUCAAGUCAUUUUAGAGGAGGUGGAUCAUCUGUUUCCCUGUGGAUUUAUG